AUGUCUAGCGAAGAUUCGACAGUUUCAGAUGCUCCUAAUCCCGAUCCCUCGAGCGGAGAUUUUUUAGUGACAGGAACUCCUGCCCCUGUUUGUGUCAAUGUUCAUACGUCCAACGAGGAGGAAGCGAAAAAUUCGGAUAAAGAUUCCGAAAGUCUUCUUGCAGGAGAUACUAACUCAGUCGAGGGACAGAAUAAUGAUGAAGCAGAGAAUAACAACACAGAAUGCGAUCCGAUCGCUGUGAAUAAUACUCCGAAAACUGAUAUACCACCACGUGGCCGUAGCUUAAAGAAGGAGAAUCCAACAGGCCCUCGCAAUAGAGGAAGUUCACCGCUAUCACUCACGGGAAGUGCAAAAAUGAUUGCACUGCGCAAAGGUCUCCUAGGACGUCGCCGUCAUCCUACUCCGUAUCCAAACAAACAUCGUCGCCAUAACGCAAAGGAAUAA